GUCAAGUGAACUCUACUCCCUACACGCCUAGUGCCCCUAGUCACAUCCCUGUUCUAUUCAAAGCAUAUACUCCUACCACCGUAGUACCAUGAAACAUCUACUUGGAGAAAAAAAAAUCUUUAGAAGACAGCAGGCCGGGCCCCCGUGACUAGUGUAGUGCCGUACACGAGCCCCUGGCUGGCUCCCUUCGCAUGCCGUCUCGGCCACUACCGUGCCGCGGCCGCCAAAAGGGCUCGAUAAAAAGCCACCCCCCACAAAGCCGUCGCCGUGCGCGGUGGCCACGAGCACCCGGCUUAAAAGGCGACGCCCAUUUGACCGAGAGGCGAGAGCGAGCGAGAGAGAGCAACCGCAACCGGAAGGCACCAUCGCCAGUAGUCCACCACCACCACCAACCACACCGGGCCGAGAAGAACUCCAAGAUCGCCUUGGUAGCUAGGAGGAGCCAUGAUGUGGGAUGGUGGCGUCGAGCAUGGCAGCCAGGAGGCCGCGCACCAGCUGCUCCCGUGGCUCGGCGCGGCGGCGUUCGGCGAGCCGGCCGUGGCGGGCUUCGGCGCCAUGGGGGCGGCCUACGGCGCCUGCGACGGCGUCAGCGUCGGCGGCGGGCUGCAGGGGCUCGGGCUCGCGCACGGCGGGGUGUUCGGGUUCGGCUUCGACGCGGUGCAGCCGCCGCCGCAGCAGCGCGCGGCAGGGGGCGCGGCGGAGGGGAGCGGCAAGGCGGUGGUGUCGGGGCUGCUGGGGAGCCUGCAGGCGGAGCUGGGGCGGAUGACGGCGCGCGAGAUGAUGGACGCCAAGGCGCUGGCGGCGUCGCGGAGCCACAGCGAGGCCGAGCGCCGGCGCCGGCAGCGGAUCAACGGGCACUUCGCCAGGCUCCGCAGCCUCCUCCCCAACACCACCAAGACGGACAAGGCGUCGCUGCUGGCCGAGGUGCUGGACCACGUGAAGGAGCUGAAGCGGCAGACCUCGGCGAUGAUGGUGGCCGCGGCCGCCGCCGUCGCGGGUGGCGGCGACGACGAGGGCGCCGCCGGGCCGGCGCAGAUGCUGCCGACGGAGGCCGACGAGCUGGCCGUGGACGCGGCGGCCGACAGGGCCGGGCGGCUCGUGGUGCGCGCGUCGCUCUGCUGCGAGGACCGCCCGGACCUCAUCCCGGACAUCGUCCGGGCGCUCGCCGCGCUCCGGAUGCGCGCGCGCCGGGCUGAGAUCACCACGCUGGGCGGCCGCGUCCGGAGCGUGCUCCUCAUCACCGCGGACGAGGGAGCGGAAGAUGAUGAUCAGGGCUACGACGACGACGGCGGGCGCUGUCAGAACGCGCGCCAGCGCGGCGGCGGCGGCGGCCACGGGCGCGCGGCGUCGCACCGGAGGCACGAGUGCAUCGCGUCGGUGCAGGAGGCCCUGCGCGGCGUGAUGGACCGCCGGACGGCGAGCAGCGACACGUCUUCCGGCGGCGGGGGCAUCAAGAGGCAGCGCAUGAACUACGGCGUGCAGGAGCAGUGCGUGUAGUCCAGCUCCUAGCUAGCUUCAUCUUGCAGUUCGUCAGUAUGCUUUGCAUGGAUGCAUGCAUGCAUGCGAAUGCAAGUUAUUUAGCAUAGCUGGUGGUACCAGUUUAGCAGUCGUUUCAAGCUUUGUUGCCGUUGUUUCUUUUGGGUAUAAUGGUGGCGGUGGAUGCAUCAGUGCAUGCCUCUGCAUGCAUGAUGGGAAGGGAGCGUUUUAUGUAUCCCUUUGUGUGUUCAUGUAACCAUGCUCCUCGUGGUACUGAUUACUGAAUUGGCAUGUACUGGGGCGGGAAAAAGGUGAUGUGGGUGUACAAAUGCACAAUCUCUCGGGUAUAAUGCAAGGUGGAAUUGGUGUUUUUUUCCCUUUU